ACAAUAAGAUGAAAAUUGGAGAGGAAGCAAGCAGUGUAAAUAAAAAGACCAAACUAGGCAUUCCUUUCCUCUCGAAUUCUAUGAUCCUCUCUAUUCCUUUCUUAUAACAAUUACAAUCUCUCAAUUUCACGCAAACUCUCUCUGUAUCUAAAACACCCACCUUAUAAAUACUCGUAUCUAUCUUACUACACAUAUUGCUUUGCAGAAGAUGGCGAGACCUGAUCAAGAAGCAAUCGAUAUGUUCAUGAGCAUCACAGGCGCAUCUGAGCCUAUUGCUGUUCAAAAACUAGUGGAAAAUGCUGGAAAUCUCAAUGAAGCUGUUAAUGCACAUUUCAGUGAAGGGGAUAGAAACAGCACCCAAACAACAGCUAUUGCUGAAGCUCAAGACGAUUUAAUGGACAUCGAUGAACCAAUUAGAGAAGAAUUUGGCAGACCUUUUCCAGCAUUACCUUCUGGAAUUAUCAAUCCCUUUUCACUCCUCGAUUCUGACCUCAGUAGAACUUCAUUUGAUGGUGUUAGCGAUUUGUCAAGCAGUGCCCACCUUGUUUCGCGUCGUAGAGAAGCAAGGCAGAUACCAGUUGUGGUGAAGGAUGGCACUGAGGAAUCAAGUCAUUCAGGCCUUCCUCCUACAGGAGGGGACUCCACUGGAAAUGCAAAUAUACAAGGCUCGGAGAUUCAUAAUACUGUGACAAUUGAUGACGAAGACGAUGAAGACAUUCUACCAGCUCCUGUUACAGGAAUUGCUCCUACCUAUGCGCAGGUUGCUGCUUCUGGACCAAGUGCUCCUACAAUUGAUGACUUGCCCGACUACAGAAAUGAUAUAGAAGAGGAGAUGGUUCGAGCUGCAAUUGAGGCAUCCAAGCGGGAUUCUGAAAUCAGUUACUCAGAUCAAAAUACUUCCAUGUCGGCAAUAAGACAAUCUGAUGUAGAGGAUCCAGAACUAGCACAUGCAGUUUCUCUGUCAUUGAAGGCAGCAGAGCAAGAAAAAGCAGUUAACAAUUCAGGGGAGAGAGUUGGACCCUCAGAAUCGGAAAAUCUGAAGUCAUCUGAGAUGGAAGAUCUAGGGAAAUUAGCAAAUGGGAGGUUGGAGGUGGGAGGUUCAUCGACCCACGAUGAAGUUGAAGACAUUGAAGAUCAUCCAUUGGUGAGGCACAGGAGUAGACGAAUGUCUUCUGGUUCUGUUGACUCUGGCACAGAAAUUCGAGACAAUGAAGGUAGCCCGCCAACAAAUCCACAACACGAUACUGGUACCGAUCAUCCUCAGCACCAUGAAACUGACAUCGGUUUGGAGGAGUGGGGAGGAAUCUCUUCUUUGGAACAUGAUGAAGCUGUAAUGCUUGAGGCUGCUAUUUUUGGUGGAAUUCCAGAAGGGAGUUCGUAUCAUGUACCAUAUGCACCACAUCAGUACAUGCAGAAUGGUUUCGAUGGAUCUGGAACUUAUGCUAGGCCGGCGCCUCGUCCACCUUCGCCUUCUCUAACUGCUCAGCGCUUGAUACGAGAACAGCAGGAUGAUGAAUAUCUUGCGUCACUGCAAGCUGAUCGAGAAAAAGAGUUAAAGGCCAGGGAAGAAGCUGAGGUACGUCUCAUUGAGGAGCAAGCAGCCAGAGAAGCUGCACUUGUGGUGGAAAGACAACAGGCGGAAGAAUUGCAGAGAAAAUUGCAGGAAGAACAGGAAAUGGAAAGACAAUUGGCAGCAAAAGAAGCUUGUCUUCCUGAUGAACCAUCUCCAGAUGAUGAAAAUGUUAUAACCUUUCUUGUUCGAAUGCCUGAUGGCAGCCGCAGAGGUCGCAGAUUUCUCAAGUCCCACAGACUGCAGUAUCUUUUCGACUAUAUUGAUGUUGGUCGACAGGUCAAGCCUGGCACUUACAGAUUGGUAAGGCCAUACCCUAGGCGGGCUUAUGGUGAUGGAGAGUGCGGUGUCACUUUUAAUGAACUUGGGUUGACAAGCAGGCAAGAGGCCUUGUUUCUGGAAUUGAUUUAGCAUUGUCUUUCUGUAAUGUUAUUUUGCAUUUCACAUUGUUGGGCUACACGAAUUUACACAGCAUUGCUUCUUCGAAUUGGCCUGCUCUGAUAGAUUAUAUAUGAAAGUGUAGGGCAUAUCAUGCCAAGUUAUUAUA